AGCGAUGAUUUCGUAGGAGCCAGUUGUGGAGAAGAGAGAGAGCGAGAGUGAGAGAGGCAGGGAGUAAAUGUGCACAGCGGCGGCGGCAAGGGAGGGAGGACAGCGCAAAUAGGUGCACAACAUCCUCAUCAUCAUCGGCGGCGGAGCAUCUGCCUCUUCUUCAUCACCACCUCCACCGUGAAGGAGUGACAUUCUCUCUCCCGGAUAGCAGCGGAAGAGUCCUCAAGCCCUCCGCUCGUCCAUCCACCAGCUCCCGGCGCGCACUUUCCCUCCAACCCGCUCCCCUUCUCUCCUCAGACUGGGUUUAUUCUUAGCUCGGCUGUAGGAGACUGUUGUCCCCCGACAUCAUCGUCCCCCACGGUGGUCCUGCGUCCUCCGGGCCCUUGGGCUUAUUUCUCCUACUUUGCUGAAUAUUUCAUGGGGAAAAUGGCGAUCGGAGCCCCUUCCUACGGCGCGCUGUUCCUCCUGUGUAUCCAAACUGUACUUCUCGUUUGUGCGUCCACGCCGACCGCCGGGACGCACCACUUCCCGCAGCACUACACAAUGAUUCACUGGGCUGCACGCAUUGAGAAGGAGCUGGAAAAAGUUCUGCAGCAUGUCACUGGGACUCAGCAGAUGCGAUCGAUUUACAAUGAGAAGAGGAGCCAGUUUGAAAUCAAGAGGAACAACCCUAAGGACCUGGUGGAGAGAGUGGCACGGGAUAUUUCCAAGCUGCUAAACAGUAAGAGGAAAGCCCUGGAGAAAUUAGCCAAGGAGGCAGAGCAGCUUCAGAAGGAUCACGAGUGGCAAGACGGAGUGACGGAGAAUGCCAUUUCAUACUACGAUUCCAAAGCGGAUUCAGACUAUACGGAGGACGGAGAAGAAGAAAAUCCGCUGGAGAGCUCGUCUUCUCUGGAGCUGGAGUUUGUGGACGAUCCUAAUUUCAAAAACAAGGUCAACUACUCAUCCAGCGCGGUGCAGAUUCCGACCGACAUCUACAAAGGCUCUCCGGUGAUCCUGAACGAGCUGAAUUGGACACAAGCUCUGGAGCGGGUUUUCAUAGAAAACCGCCGAGAAGACAGCUCUCUCCGCUGGCAGGUGUUUGGCAGUGCCACGGGUGUGACACGCUACUACCCAGCCACUCCAUGGCGAGCGCCCAACAAGAUUGACCUCUACGAUGUCCGUCGCAGACCAUGGUACAUUCAAGGUGCAUCCUCUCCAAAGGACAUGGUCAUCAUCGUGGAUGUGAGUGGGAGUGUCAGCGGUCUCACACUCAAGUUGAUGAAGACCUCAGUCAUCAAGAUGCUGGACACACUCUCGGACGAUGACUACGUGAAUGUUGCCAGAUUUAAUGACGAGGCUGACGCCGUGGUGCCCUGCUUUAGGACUUUGGUUCAAGCCAAUGUACGCAACAAGAAGAUCUUCAAGGAGGCCGUCAUGCACAUGCAAGCCAAAGGAACCACCGACUACAAGUCUGGCUUCACAUUUGCCUUCGAGCAGCUUCUUAAUGAGACCAGUGCUCCUCGGGCCAACUGCAAUAAGAUGAUCAUGAUGUUUACAGACGGUGGGGAGGAUCGAGCGCAAGAAAUCUUCGAAAAAUACAACUGGCCCAACAAAACGGUGCGUGUCUUCACCUUCUCUGUGGGUCAACAUAAUUAUGAUGUCACGCCACUGCAAUGGAUAGCUUGUGCCAACAAAGGGUACUACUUUGAAAUCCCAUCGAUCGGAGCCAUCCGAAUCAACACCCAGGAGUACCUUGAUGUCCUGGGACGACCCAUGGUGCUGGCCGGGUCCAGAGCCAAGCAAGUGCAGUGGACCAAUGUUUAUCAGGAUGCUUUGGGUUUGGGCCUGGUCAUCACAGGGACCAUGCCAGUCUUUAAUCUAACUGCUGAUAGUACAAGCGCACAGAACCAGCUCAUCCUCGGAGUCAUGGGCGUGGACAUCGCCAUCAACGAGAUCAAAAAGAAGACACCUACUUAUAGACUCGGCGCCAAUGGUUACACCUUUGCAACCGAUCCGAACGGUUACGUGCUGCUACAUCCCAACCUGCGACCGAAGAUUAUCAACUUCAGGGAGCCAGUCACGCUGGACUUUCUCGACGCAGAACUAGAGGACAACAACAAAGAGGAGAUCCGAAGACAAAUGAUCGAUGGCAAAUCCGGCCAGAGGAAAAUCAAGACACUCAUUAAGUCGGUUGAUGAGAGGUACAUUGACGAAGCCAUGCGAACGUAUACAUGGACGCCAGUGGAGGGCACGGACUACAGUCUAGGGUUGGUACUGCCCACUUAUAGUGAGAGCCAUAUCAAAGCCAAUCUUAGUGACCAGAUCCUGCAGGUGCAAUUGUCAUACAUCCAUGAUUUUGAGUCACUGCUGCCAAACAGUUUUGAAUCUGAAGGACAUAUAUUCAUUGCUCCCAGGGAAUACUGCAACGAUCUGGAGUUGUCGAGCAACAACACCGAAUUCUUGCUCAACUUCAUUGCCCUCAUGGAGAAAGUGACCCCCGACUCCAAGCAAUGCGACAAUUUGCUCCUUCACAACCUGAUUCUGGACACAGGCGUCAUCAGGCAGCUUGUAGACAAAGUGUGGAAGACCAAAGAUUUGCAUACGUAUGGCUUUCUGGCUGUAUUUGCUGCCACGGACGGAGGAAUUACAAGAGUGUUUCCCAACAAGGCUGCGGAAAGCUGGGAGGAAGACCCCGAGCCGUUUAACGCCAGCUAUUACCGCCGCAGUCUCGACAACAAGGGCUACAUCUUCAGAGCGCCUUAUCGUACAGCAAGAGACGAGAUGCUCAUCCCGGAGAAUGACACCAUCGGGAUCUUGGUCAGCACGGCGGUGGACAUCACAGUUGGAGGGAAGACCAUCAAACCGGCAGUGGUCGGAGUUAAACUGGAUCUCGAAGCCUGGGUGGAUAAGUUUAAGAUUCUCGCCAGUAACCACACAGACAGCCGACAUGGCCCUAAUGCGUGUGGACCCAACAGAGUCUGUGAGAUGGAUUGCGAAGCCAACAACGAUGACCUCCUGUGUUACCUAAUAGACGACGGUGGCUUUUUGAUCAUGUCCAACCAGAAGGAUGACUGGAACAAGGUGGGCAUGUUCUUCAGCGAAGUGGAACCCUACCUCAUGUACGCGCUGUACAACAACUCCUUCUACAACCGCAAGCAGUCAUUUGACUACCAGUCGGUGUGCGAGCGCAUGCCUACCAGUGAGGCUGGAGCAGCACGGAAGGGAGUCUUUGUGCCCACAAUUGCAGAUUUUGUUAACCUGGCAUGGUGGACGUCGGCAGCUGCAUGGUCAUUAUUUCAGCAGUUCAUGUAUGGACUGGCGUAUCACAGCUGGUUUGUCACAGACAAAGUAGACGCCGAGGCACUGGAUUCCAAGGAGAGGAGCUGUGUCAUGAUCCAGACUCAGUACUACCUCAGCAACUUGAGCAGUUCCUACAACAUGCUGCAGGACUGUGGCAACUGCUCAAGGCUGAUCCACGCCAAGAGAAUAAACAACACCAACCUGUUGUUUGUGGUGGCCGAGAAGAUGCUCUGCAACUCUUGCGAUAUCGAAAAGCUGUCCCAAGAGGAGAAGGAGUUCAACGACGAAAACCCAUGUGAUGAUAUGACAGUGGCACGCUAUAGAAAAGGACCCUCCACCUGUUUUGACAACAACAACGCGGAGAACACGUCGGACUGCGGACGGGGACACUCCUUCCGUCCAUCCCGCGUGACUUUGCUGCUGAUUCAACUCCUCGUGCUUUAUCCUGUCGUCAGCCCUCACGGUCACUCUCUACUACAUUAAUCUCCUGUGUCACACGCACACACACCUUCUAGCUGUCCUGUGCUUCUCAUAUGUGCCCCCAAUGCUCCCGCCCACCUCACCACCACCUAAAGUAGUCUUACAGGCAAUGAUGGGCAACGAUGGGAAGCCCUGAGUGCCGCCGUCUAGCCAGCUUCACUUAUGUCCUCAGCCAAGGUCACCCGCACAAGGAGAGACCCCCACACCCAAUCACCCCAAAAAAAGAACUCUUAAGUAAGCGACAUGUCACUCGUGUCAUGAAAAGUUCAAACUUUUUAUUUUCAUUUAUGUUCAUCAAAAAAGGGACUAUAUGUUUAAUUUAUGCACUACUGUAUCUACUUGCCAAAAUGAGAUAGACUUUCAUGUGGUCUUAUUUUUCUAGCCAAAAAGACAGCAAAAUGGCUUAACAAAAGGGAUUUUAAAAGUGUUAUUGUCAUGGCAAGUUCUUAUAUUUGCUACAUGCAGAUUCACGCUCCAAUAAUACAGCUGUGAUGUUUUCAAUUACUAUUAGCGAGCGGUGUGGUGUAGUGUUAUAUAUUACCUACUACAAAAAAAAAAAGAAAACACUCUCUGACCUCCAUUUAUACCAACAUACCAACAUCACCUCUGCCAGUCCUCACGAGGCUCUGAAGGAGAAGAAGAAAAAAGAUCAACACUGGGAGGGUAAGACUGUAAUGCAACAAGAAAAAAAUUGUACUAUCACGAAGAGAAAAAAAUGGAAUAUUACAAGAGUUAAAUCAUAAUUUUACAGACAUAAAAGUUGGAAUGUUACGGGAAUAAAGUCGGAUAUUACGUACUUUACGAGAAAAAUCUGCAUUUUACAAGAAUUAAGUUGUCAUGUUAUGAGAAUAAAUUCAGAAUAUUACUUAAGACUUAAUCCUGUUAGAUAAAAAUGCAAUAUGAGACAAAAGAUUACCUAAAACAUAAAUCAAUGUCUGAAAUUUACAAGAAUGAAGUCAAAAUGAAACUUUUAUUUAACUGCCUAAUUCUUAGUGAUACUUGAAAAAAAUGGAACAUUGCAACACUAAAUGUUUCAUUUUUUUAAGGGAAAAUAUUUUAAUUUCCUGAGAGUUCUAAAAAUAAAAAAGUAAGUAUCAAGGUAAAAUUAUAAUUUGAAGUCAAAUAAUCCCAACAAUUAUAAUGUUAAGAACAAAAAAGUGACAACACUAUAAAAAUAAAAAUAAAAAACAUUUUAAUAAUACUGACGAAAAUUGAAAUAUUAAAAAAAUAUACAUUUUACAAGAAUAAAAUCAGGAAGACAUUUUAUUAACGACUUAAAAAAGAACAAAUCAUUUUGUAAAGAAAAGACAGCUGUAACAUUUUGAAAACCCAUCUUACUAAAAAAGUACUACAUUUUCAAGAAUAAAACGUUUUAUGAAUGGCAUGACAUUGUAAAUUCAUACAUAAAGCAUAAUCUAAUGAACUCAAAUGCAAGUUUAUAAGCAUUACUAACCUAUAAUUGCAAUGUCAUUUCAACUACACAAGAUUUUUUGAGAAGAAACUAUCAUCUUAUUAGAGUAACUGUAGUAAUUUUACGAUUAUUUGAAAUUUUACUGGAAUAAAGAAUAAUCCCCCCAAAAUGUAGACCCGCAUUAAAUUAGAGGAUUUUCAUUUAAUUGAUAAAAACACCAUUCUUUUUCUCGUAAAAAUCCUACUUUAUUUUCGUAACAUUACAUCAACAUUUUUUCUUCGCAGUUUUCAGUUAUUUGGCUUGUUCAAUACCCUGCAGAAAGUCUCACUUCUACUAGCAAAACUGCAUUACGUCUUCAUUAGUUUUGUCAUUCACUGCCGGGGUGGUCCAGGCCUUAUCACCGUUAUCUGUUCCCAAAAUGGCCACCAAAUAUGGCCGCCGCGCACAGUAAGCAUAGUCAGCACCCGUCACGUGUUUGUCCUUUUUGACUGUUUAGGAGCCGCUUUUUUUCUUAAUAGUGCCUUGAUGCACUUUGUGGUGGACGAGCAUAGCGACUGUAUAGUUGUUACUUUUAAUAAAGCGGCCAUCUUGGAGAGAGAUCAGCUUUAGGUCGAGCAGCCAUCUGACUGCCGUCACAUGACUACAAAGCCAUGUACAUAGGUAUGGUCAGCAGGUUGUCAGCACACAAACUGGAUUUACGCUGUAGGUGCACCAUUCCCGUUCAACUUUUUAACUGUUUUUCGAUUGACCCUCUAUAACAGUCAAAUUACCACCUACAACAGUGAAAGUAAGGAAACACGUUAACUACCUUCCUGCAAUCGGAACAGCAGUAAUUUUAUUUCAUAAAAAUGAACAUCUGCUGCCAUUGACAGCGAUAGCGAUCGAACGAUCGCUGUCAGCUGUUCUCAUUCCAGAAAAAUUGGACAUCUUUCGCCAUCAGUGGUGCUGAAACAUGAUCAGUCAAUGCCGGCCAUCUCAGUUCAAAUGGAUUCGAUGUUUAUCGCUGUCAAAGGCUACAUUUACCUGGACACAUUUAUUCGGAUUAAAAGCCUGAUCGGAAUAAAAAUGCUUCAUGUACCCAUGUACAAACCCAUGUACACACCCCAUUCGGGAUAUUCUGACCCAAUCAUGCCUUUUCUGAUCAGGAUUUUACUCCGAACGAGUUUACGUCGAUUUAUAAUCCAAAUCAGCAUGCAUAAAAGCACUUAUUAAAACAUUUCGGUACAAACCAUCUUUCCCGCGAAUGUCUGUGACGUCUCUCUUUUUCUGCUAUUUACUAAAACCAGUAGAAGCAGAGCGAGCAAAGACAUGGCAGGCGCAAGACUGAACUGGAGGAUACGUUGCAGUUUAUUAGGAAGUGUUAACUCGACGUAACAGCGCAAACAGGAAAAAUACGCGACAUUUAAAGUAGACAUUGAUGUUUUGUUGACACUAAAGUCGCUACGACUUCUAAUAUUUCUAGUAUAUUUGGUCAAUCUGCGCAUGUUCAAAUAAUUUUUUCGACCGAAAGUGUGACUUAUGAACACUUGUACACACCCCAUUUGGAGCCCGUUCCAAUCAAGAUUUUAUCGUCCAAAUCCGAUCCAUAUUUUUUGUAUCCAAGAAAACAUCCUGUCAUAAUUUUAAUCCGAACUCUGAUCAGAUUAAAUUUUGUCCAUGUAAACGUUGCCAAUGGCAGUGAACGGGUUAAUACCUAAAUUCGUGUACAUUUCAAGUAUAUACUGUAUAGUAAUAUGAAAAUACACACAUGCAUAAUGUACAAGUUGUACGUAAAUAUAUCCACAGGUAAAUUAAUGAUCAUUAAUAAUUAUAGCUCCAGGGUUUACCCCCCCAGUGCUUUAUAUGCCUGGCAGGUUGCCAGGCUUUUCCUGCGCAAGUUGGUGGUAUUGAGUAUUAGGAUAGACCCAAAAUUUAUCUGAACCCCUUAAACGUUAACUUGAAUUUUGCUCUUUCAGCAAAAGCAUAAUUGUGUCACCUGCAGUGUAAAUCCCGCCAUUUUUGGCCAUGUUUUUGUUUUAAAUCAGGGCAACUCGACUGCUCUAGUUCUGCCUGAAUUAUGUGUGUGUGUUUGCGUUGAUUGAGUGGAAUGUCUUUGAAAUGCGAGGACUGAUUGUUUUUUUAUGUUCUUCUUUGUGCAUCGCAAUGAACACAAUCCAGUGUUAUGGACGUUAAAAAAAACAAAAAACAAAAAGGAACGUCACCGCUUAUUGGAUUGACAGAAUAUGUUAGUCGGUCGGUGUUUUGAGUUUUUAAAGAUGCAAAGUAGAAAAAAAAAACAACGCCUCUCUAUUGAAUGCCUUAGUGUCACGCACAAAAGAGCUCUGAUCCCCCUCGCCCCGCACCUCCCACCAUAUUUUAGAUCACUGAUGGAGUUGAUGAAUAAUGAACAAAGCAUAUCAGGUUUUCUUUAUUGUUUACAUGUAGCACCACACAAAUCCCGUUUCUAGGUCUUUCUUGGGGGUAGGGGCUCAUUUCUGACACUUCAAUAAUUAAAUAUGCCCUGGGUCAAACCGACCCAUUCUAAAUAUUGACUGAAACAGUUAAUAUUUAGCACUCCUGAUAAACAAAUGAUUCAACACCUAGCAUAAAUCAUGCUAGUAUGUAGCCACCUAGCAUUAUAACAUCAUUUGACGUUAGUCUUCUGUGAUUUGACAGAUGUACUGAAAAUUAACACAAAUUAUUGAACAUUAAACUCAACUCAUAUUGGCCCAGUUUUAAGAUUGACUGAUAUUUCCGAGGGCGUUAAAAAUAACAUGAAAACAGUGUUUAUCUCAAUUUUAGUUUCUGACACUUUAAAGGAAACCUUGGAUAGAAAGACUUGUAGUUCUUAAAAUAUAAACGUUAUUAUUAAAAUAACUUGAUAUUAAAACCCCUCUUGACGUUUUCGUUUUUAUACAAUUUGUAAAAUUUGUUCAACUAGUAGGUCGCCAUUGUAGUUGACAUCGCAGGGCGGUGACGUCACUGGGUUAUGCUGCCAGGCUUCCAGGGUAUUACUCUAGCAACAUAAUCAUGUCAUCUAUUCAACCCUGUCAAUUUGAACCCGAGAGGAACAUUAAUGAGCAUGGCAGCACUGUCGACAUUUCGCAAAAGCAAUAUGAACAGGAAAGACGGGAUGAGACGAGCGUAGGACAAAAACGGUGUUCUGCCAAAAUGUGCUACACCGACGAAACGUCCAACAAGAGGCGAAUUUGACACCCAAAGUACUACCAUGCGCUUUCAGCUUGUUUUGUUGAUAUGCAUACAGACAGAACAUACUAAAGAAGAAAAUACUUAGCGUACUAAUAUCAAAUAAAGGUGGUUUAAAUGCGCCACGUGAGUGAUGUAGUCAACAGAUCAAAAAUCUGCUUUAAAGUUACCACAAGGAAACACAAUGCUUAAAAGUAUGAGAAAGAAACACAUGCAGAAGUAUUUUGAGGAAAUGACAAGGUGAUUAAAAUACUCAAUAAAAACACAAAUAGUAAGUACUCGCCGCUUUUAACCGAUGUGCGCAUGUGUUAGACGUCUCGCCGCGUAUGAAGGAAUUGCAGAACACCGGUAGUGCUUGUCUCGUGAGAGAGACAAACUACGUUAUCCCCCCGAGCGUCCAUUGCCCGCAUAAAACUUGGCGCCCUCCGUAGGUCAAAACAUGUACUAAAUAUUACAGAUUUUUAAAUCAAUGGCAGUAUUUUAUGUGUUACCAAUAACAUAUUUCAGUAAAAGACAAUUGUGGCUUAUUAGAGCCCACAAGUCUUUAAGUCCGAGGUCCCCUUCAAGAUCAUUGUGCACCGGGUCAAACGUUUUUUUAUAAUACCUGACUUAUUAGAUUGUUAUAACAUUUACAUGACAUUAUUUUCAUUUCAAAAGAGUUUUGGAUGAUUUAAAAAAAACUGGUUCAUACUGACCCGGGAACAUUAUAGCUGUUCCUGAGGAAAGAACUUAAUAGUAAUGUUUGGAAAAAAUAAAAUAAAACAUUUCAUCAGUAUUGCUAACAUGUAGCCACCUAGCAUGGCAACAACCAAAGGUUUACCACGUCUUCUGAGGUAUGAGUUUUGCCAAAAACACAUUCAAAUCAAAUUGUGAUUACGGUGGGGAGGCUGUCAAUCACAAAAGAAGCAAAAUGGGAGGCGGGCUACGUCCGUGUGUGUUUUAGGGUGGGGGGACGGUGUGUAUUUGAUUGUGUAGUGUGUAGUCUGGUGCUACGUGACCAUGUUUGACAAAAGUGUGUGUUAAAAAGAAAAUAACAUUUAGAGAAAACGAGUCGGAAUCAGUCAAAGUGAAGUCAGUAUAUAUAUCUAAAUAUGAAUAUAGGAAAAGAGCACUGUUGAUAAGUUUGAGGUCUGAAGUCCAAACAGAUUUUUAUUUUGUAUUUCUUUCUCGUGAGCGAGUGAGUGAGCAUUUGUGCGAGAGAGGAUGACUUGAGCUCCUUUUUUUUUCUUUUGUUUGUCGCUCCAUUUUUUUUUGUACAGAUGAAGCUACAUGAAAAAAGAUGAGAAAAAAAUGAAGAGGGGCAAACUUUGUAAAAUAUUGUGUCUGUGACUCCUUGUAAAAUAUUUUCAAAUUGUUUAUUACAGAGAAUCAGUUAAUAAAUAAUGUUCAUAUUUUUCACUUCA